UUUUUUUAUGGGAAGUGGACAUUGUACAGUACUUUAUUGUAGGCUUAAGGCAUAUGAUAGAAAUAAAGAUUUCAAGAAUGACCCAAUUCAAAUACCUGAGCCUUUGGAAGUUGAUUGGCCAACGAGGGGAUUUCAACAGCUCCAGGAAUCACAUAAAGAAGAAAUCCCAGAGAUAUGCAUUGAGCAGAUAGACAUGUAUUUUGUACAUAGAUUAGCAGGUGACAGACAAAGCACUGGUGAUGUCAAGGCUAUCGAGAAAGGAAGGCUGCUUGUUGAAAGUGAUAGAGUCUUGGCUGUGUCAUAUUUAAAGGAAGAUAAUUCCCUGUUCUUUACAGGCAUUGUUGGCGCAGCCAUGAAAACAAAGGUAACAUACAACUUCAAAUUAAAAUUUGACAAAAACUCGGGAGACAUCUUGAACAGCCAUUGUGAGUGUCCUGCAGGACGAGGUCCCCAUGGAACUUGCAAGCAUCUUGCUGCUGUUGCCUUAGUUUUACUCUCUUGUUCUGAAGGAAAAGGUUUGAGGAUUCAGAGAUCAUGCACAGAAAACCUGCAGACAUUUCAUAAACCCAAACAUUCAUACUCAGGUAAAAAUACAUGAAUAUUAUGUGAUGUUCCAUGAUGAACAGAAGCAAUAGUUUUAUGACCAUAUAUUGAAUCAA